AUGGGUCUUAAGUCGUUUGUGGUCAUGUUCCGCCAGUCGGCGUCCUCUGCCGAGGUCGACAAGUAUGUCUCCGAGGUCGAGCAGCAGGGCGGUAUUAUCCAGCAACGCUACAAUGCCGACUUUUUGCGCGGCUUUGCGGCGCGCAUGCCCGAGGAGUAUGCGGAGAAGCUCGAGGCGUCCGUGCAGGGCGGCAAGCACGACUCGAUUGAAACGAUCGAGCCCAACCAGGAAAUCAGUGUCAAGUAG